GCAGGUAGCGCAUAAAAGCCCAAUGCCGACUGGCAUUUCCGACAGUUGCCCAGCGUUAGCCAAAUAGAUCGAGCUUGAAUUGGCCAAGAUGCAGUCCGAAAGCGAAAAGUGUUUCAUCAUGUUGCGUGUGAUAAUCCUGUCCAGCCUUGUGGCGCCAGCGUUCACUUACCUGCCGGAUGUCAAUAUAUUCACCAAUUAUCGCACCGAGGUCUACAAUGGCAUACCCUCGGACAUUGACACAACGCCGUUUGUGCGGAUCGGCGAUAACUAUUAUUAUAUCGAGCCGAUGAACAAGGUGAACUGGUUCCAGGCAGCGGCCUCCUGCCGGAUGAUGAACGCCCACCUGGCCUCCAUUGAGGACAAGCCGGAAAUGGAGGCCCUGGUCAAGCACAUCAAGGCCAAGGGCUUCAAGAACAACGACUACUUCUGGAUCUCUGGCAAUGAUCUCGGCACCGAGGGUGCCUUCUACUGGCUCUCGACGGGCCGCCCCAUGACCUACGCCCCCUGGAACGGGCCCAAACAGAUGCCCGACAAUUACGGCGGCAACGAGAACUGUGUCCACAUGUUCAGCACACGGGAGCUGAUCAACGAUGCCCACUGCAAGAUCCUGAUGCUGUAUGUGUGCGAGGCCAGCGAUCCCAAGACCUUCAAGUUCACCUACAUCAAGUGGUGAAGCGUGCUGAAGCCGUUAUCAAGCAGAGACAUACAUAACAUACGCAUACAUACAUACAUAUAUAUUUGGCAUUGUUUUUCUAA